AGUUCGCGUCGACUGAAACUCAGCGCUAGAAGUUCCUCGAAUGAAUUUAUCGGUGGUUUCAGUCGGAUUUUACGGUGUUUCACCGAAGCGACGAGUGGAUUACAAACAACAUUAAACGGACAAAAACGCACCGCUUGGAUUAGAAAGUUUUAAAUGGGAGUUUAGGGGACGCGCGCGCGCGCUCACGCACAGACGCGCAGGAUUGUAUUUCAGCCCCAAAUCGGAAUUUAUUCGCUUUUAACUUAGAUUUAGUUUUAUAUUAACAUGUUAGAAAUAUAUCCUGCAGUCAUUUAAUGAAGUUCAGAGGCGAAAGUUUCCCAUGAGCUGGUUCUCUGGAGAUUUUACCGACAAAAGUUUUUCAUUUAACGUGAAGAGUCAACGUUGAAGGUUUGUCGAAGCGGACUGAUCAUAUCAGAGAAACUGAAGACACUGAAGUGAUCCAAAUCUAAUGAGCUGACAGCAGAUUUCUUCAGGAUUUGAGAUGGAUCGUGUUUGCUGGAGUAUGGCUCUUUUCUGGUUCUGGAUGGUGUCGGCUGGACUCGUCUCGGCUGAGGAAGAGGUGCUGAUGAACACCAAGCUGGAAACAUCAGAUCUGAGAUGGACCAUCUACCCCAGCGGUGACCCUGAGUGGGAGGAGAUGAGCGGUCUGGAUGAAGAGGGCAACAGCGUCCGCACCUUCCAGGUUUGCCCGAUGGACAGUUCUGUGAGCCAUUGGCUGCGCACACGCUUUAUUCCCCGCCAUGGCGCGUCUCAGGUGUACGUGGAGAUCCGCUUCACCAUGAUGGAAUGUUCCGCCAUGCCGGCCAGCUUCCGCACCUGCAAGGAGACCUUUAACCUUUACUAUUACCAGAGCGACGAGGACACAGCUAGCGCCACACACCCCGCCUGGAUGGAGAACCCCUACAGCAAGGUGGACACCGUUGCUGCUGACUUCCUGUUGCGUCGCGGCGGAGAGAGGAAGUCCAAUGUGAAGACGGUGCGUGUGGGUCCGCUGUCUAAAAAAGGCUUCUACUUGGCGUUUCAGACUCAGGGCGCGUGCAUGGCUCUGCUGUCCGUCAGGGUUUUCUUCAAGAAGUGUCCUGCCGUCUCCCGUGCCUUCUCCUCCUUCCCGGAGACGCUCCCUCAUUCGCUUGUGCAGCAGGCGGAGGGCGUGUGCGUGGAUAACUCCGCCCCCACGGGACAGAACACAGCCCCACCCACUAUGUUCUGUGGGGAGGACGGUCAGUGGGUGGGGCCUCCGUCGUCUACAUGUGCCUGUAAACCAGGAUAUGAACCUGUCGACUCUGACCGCUGCAGGGCAUGUGGAUUGGGCCAGUAUAAAGCAUCUGUCGGAGGGAGCUUGUGUCGUGUGUGUCCAGACAACAGUAACACACACUCCGCUGGAUCCAGUCUGUGUGUGUGUCGUCCAGGAUACCACCGAGCCACCAGUGAUCUUCCGGAUUCAGCCUGCACCAAACCGCCGUCGGCUCCACGCAGCAUCAUCUACCAGAUCAAUGAUACGGUGGUCACUCUGGAGUGGUCGGAGCCGCUGGACCGCGGUGGACGCUCUGAUCUCUCCUACAGCGUGGAGUGUGUGCACUGCAGAGGCUCCCUAUGCGUCCAGUGUGCAGACAGCAUCACCUACAGGCCGGGUCAGGUGGGCGUGUCCGGGAGGCGUGUAAUCAUUCGCGGGCUCCUCCCACACACCACCUACACCUUCACUGUGCUGGCCCAGAACGGCGUCAGCGCUGUUAGUCACACGAGCCCCGCCUCCAGCUCCGUCAACAUCACUACCAGCAGAGACGUGGCUGUCCCAGUGUCUGGAAUCAGGAGGAUUAAAGCAUCUGAGAGCAGCGUCUCCAUCAGCUGGACGGUUCCUCCACAGACACAGCACAGCAUUCAGGAUUAUCAGCUGCGCUACAGUCUGAAGGGUCAGGAUGAUGGAUGGCAAUACAUCAGCAGCAGGAGCAGCUCAGUGGUUCUGCAUGAUCUGAGUCGAGCGUCGCAGUAUCAGGUGCAGGUCAGAGCCAGAACCGCUGCGGGAUACGGACACUUCAGCAGCGCCGUCAGCAUCAGCACGCUUCCUGAUGAUGAAGAGUCUCCGUCGCGGCUGAUGCUCACUGGUGUCCUGGUUGCUAUAGGACUGCUCAUCCUCAUCGCCGUGGUGAUUGUUGCCGUGUUCUGCUUCAGACGCUCGACCCGCAGGAGGGAUCCAGACCCGGAUAAAAGCGGCCAGUUCCUGAUGGGUCAGGGUAUUAAAGUGUACAUCGAUCCGUUCACCUACGAGGAUCCGAACGAGGCUGUGCGGGAAUUCGCUAAAGAGAUCGACGUGUCGUUUGUAAAGAUCGAGGAGGUCAUCGGUGCCGGUGAGUUUGGUGAGGUGUGUCGCGGCCGGCUCAAGGUUCCCGGGAAGAAAGAGAACUACGUGGCCAUCAAGACGCUGAAGGGCGGGUACACGGACAAGCAGAGGCGGGACUUCCUGUCUGAGGCGUCAAUCAUGGGUCAGUUCCAGCACCCCAACAUCAUUCAUCUGGAGGGGGUGAUCACAGCUUCCUGUCCCGUCAUGAUUCUGACCGAGUACAUGGAGAACGGAGCUCUCGACUCCUUCCUGCGGCUGAAUGAUGGUCAGUUCACUCCUAUCCAGCUGGUGGGGAUGCUGCGUGGAAUCGCGUCUGGAAUGAAGUAUCUGUCAGAGAUGAGCUUCGUUCACCGUGAUCUGGCGGCGAGGAACAUCCUGGUCAACAGUAACCUGGUGUGCAAAGUGUCCGACUUCGGCCUGUCCCGCUUCCUGACCGAGAACUCAUCCGAUCCCACCUACACCAGCUCACUGGGCGGGAAGAUCCCGAUCCGCUGGACGGCUCCUGAAGCCAUCGCCUUCCGCAAGUUCACCUCAGCGUCAGACGUCUGGAGCUACGGCAUCGUCAUGUGGGAAGUGAUGUCAUUCGGAGAGAGGCCGUACUGGGACAUGAGCAACCAGGACGUGAUAAACGCCAUCGAGCAGGACUACCGCCUGCCUCCUCCCCCAGAAUGCCCUGCGUCUCUCCAUCAGCUGAUGCUGGACUGCUGGCAGAAGGAGAGAUCGUCCCGGCCGCGCUUCUGCGCCAUCGUCUCUGCGCUCGACAGACUGAUCCGCAACCCUGCCUCACUCAAGAUCACCGGACGCAUCCCUGACGGGCCGACUCACCCUCUGCUGGAUCAGCGUGCUCCUCCUCCGCUCUCUCACUGCAGCUCAGUUGCUGAUUGGCUGAGAGCCAUUAAGAUGGAGCGAUACGAGGACGCGUUCAUGCAGGCCGGAUUCACAGCCAUCCAACACAUCACACACAUCUCCACUGAGGAUCUUCUGCGGAUCGGCGUGACUUUAGCAGGGCACCAGAAGAAGAUUCUGUCCAGCGUCCAAACACUUCGCAUCCACGGCGGAUCCCUGCGAUACUGACAUUUCCCAGCAUUCCCUGCUUCUGCUACUAGCUCUUACGGAUCAGACCGAUCGACCAAUCACUGUGGAGCAUCACAGAACCAGCCAAUCAGGAGAGGUUUACUCUUACAGGUCUCAGGAAGAGACACAGACUGAACACACGGACGUUACCGGAUGACGUGUGACCGUUGCGGCGGUAAAACCGUUGCAUUCUGGGAGUUUAAUCGGAUCUUCACAUUGAAGGUUCAUUAUAAUUAUUAUUAUUAUAAAGUGGAUUAUUUUGUACGUAUGGAGACAGCACAAAUAAUGAACAAAUGUUUGUUUAGGAAAAGUACUGUGGGAGCUGUCAAUCAAACUGAGUGUAAUCCGUGUGACCAAUCACAUUAAAGAUUCACGCUGGCCCCUCCCACUGAAAA